AUGCCGGCGGCUCCAAACUUGAAGAAUACGCUGAUCAACGUGAUUAACCAUAGAGAGGUAGGUUGAGUGGGGAUAAGCGUCAUUGUUGUGGGUUGUAUUGCUGUUUUGGCAUAAAACAGGAGGGAUCGGUAUAUCUUCGGUCUAUCUCAGUAUAUGAAGUUUGGCAAUGUCAAUAUCAUUUUCCAGUUAUGUGGAAGGGAAAAGUGCCCCCAAAGUCCGGCUAAAAUAAGGUUAAGGUCCAUUAAGAAUCGAAGAAACUUUGGCAAAGGCUUCCUCAAGUUUCAAACAACCUUUGAGGAAGCUUUGCCAAUGGUUUCACCCACUUCUUUUUGAACCUAGUCCCGGUUCUCCUCUUCUCACUUUCAACCUACAAAAGACAAAAAUGUCAAAAAGCUUACUUCGUUGGGUAAAAGUUCCGCAUAUUGGGCCCCACCAAAAAAACAAAUCCCUUGGAAGAACAAAAGGGGCGCAAGACGCGGAAGUGGAUAAGAAUUUGAUCUACCAGUGAAACUGAAAAAAAUAGUUAUGUAGUAAAAGCUGAAUAAAUUAUGUAAAACUUGAAAAAAGUGAAGAAAAUUACGAAAUAAAUUAUAUAACAACGUGCAAAACCGUAGAAAAAUUGUUUACCAAGAGAAAACAAAACUUCUUUGUGUCCAAGCUGCGCCCGAGGAACCCACAGCCGAGGUUAAACUGUUGUAUGUAGUUAGGUGGUCAAUUAAUCUUAUUUUAAAAAUUAGAAAGACUUGAUUAAUGGCAAUGCAUUUUACAUUUCUCAUUCCUUCUACCUAAGAAUCCAAUAUUGGCUGUGAUUUUCAGACGAAUGUGGCCGUCACAUCGAUAUUCAUCAUCAUCUCUCUGUACAUCACAUUCUGCGCUAUUUUGCAAAAGGAUUUGGGGAAUCCCUUAGCCGAAGACUUCUCGCCUUUGCUCAACGUUUCCAAUGACUCUUACUUGCACCCGUUGGAGGUGAUUCAGCCCAAAGUCGGGACUACUGUAACCGUCAUGGCGCUUUUUUUGCUAUGGGUGAUAGCUAUGGUGUUUGGCCAGAUUAUCGGAUGGAUUUAUUUGCCUCCAUUACUUGGUAAGACAACUCAAAUGUCAUUCUAAAAAAUUUUGAGAUGUUUUUGAAGCACAUGUUUUUGAAGAUGUACCACAUACUUUCAGGGAUGUUACUGGCUGGUAUAAUGGUUCGAAAUGUGGAUAUUUUUGCGCAAUUUUUCAAUAUCGACGCUUACUGGGACGAUACUUUGAGAAAUCUGGCGUUUCUGUUGAUUUUGAUCCGUUGUGGAAUUAACUUGGAGCCAGAUGCCCUGAAGCGAUCGUUAGGCGUCUUUACAAGCCUGGGCUUUCUGUCGACCACAGUAGAAGCGUUGGCAGUUGUUUUGGUUUCACACUUCAUGUUUGAUGUCAGCGUGGCGUUGGCUAUUUUGUUUGCGUAAGUUCAUCUAACGAGGGAAUGCUUCCAACUGCGACGCUCAGAGUUUCUUUAUAUUCUGAACACGUGUUUGAUCAAUCAUUUUUUGGCCAUAUCUUUGCCAGUUGCGCGCGGAAAAUAUAGUCUUUUUGUUGUAACCUAGCCCUCUACAGUAGAAACUGGUAUGAAUUUUUUUGUGACAAAAUUUGUAAAAAACUGUCACGUCUUCUCUAACUUUUAUCUGUGCCGAGUUUAUCAAAAAAGGUUGUUGUCAGCGAAAGAGGCGUAUUUUAAAACCAACUCUCCAAACAAUUCUUGAGGCUCUUCCCAAUUUAAAUUCCAGAUUUGUCCUCACCUCAACCUCCCCUGCCGUGUCGGGCCCUUCGAUGAUCCGUUUGCAAGAGCAGGGCCGCGGCACCAACAAAGGCAUCCCCACCACCAUCAUGGCGGCCGUCUCCAUCGACAACAUCUAUUGCAUCACCGCGUUCAGCAUCGUCUCUUCCGUGGUCUUCACGAGAAAUGGUAAUGGUGUGUUUGCGGGGACGAUUUACUCGUUUAUUUGGCGAUUUCAGAAGACCUCACCUACUUGAUUGUGCGAAUUCCCAUUGAGGUGUUGAUCGGAAUGCUGUUUGGCAUCUUGUUUGGUGAGCGGAUUUUACAAUGAUUAUUUGUUGUUAUCAUCAAAACAUUGACGUCCAGAUAUUUCUCGGGACUUAUAAAUCAUCGUGUUCCAGAAAAUGUGUCACGAUGACACCCCUAAAAUGUGUCAGUGGUAAAAACUUUUAUAGAAGUACUUUCUAGAGCACCAUCAAAAAAUUUAAGCUCAAAAUUUUUGCAAUACACAACUUGGAUGACGGAUUUUCUAGAUUUUUUUCCGGCGGGAAGCUUAUCAAAGCCCAAUUUUUUUUUGACAUUCUUUAGGGAGUACUCCUAGCCAUAUACAGCUGUUUUUUAUACCACAGACACAUUUUAAGCCAGUGUCAUCGUGACACAUUUUCUGGACACACAAUGAUUUAUAAGUCCCCGUCUAUAUAUAUCAUAUCAUUACAGGCCUUCUCCUGCGUGUUCUCCCCCGCGAUGACGUUCAUCAUGUCCACUUCAUCCGCUGCGCUAUAAUCAGCUCGUUUUCUACGGCCAUUUUCUUUGCCACCCGGUCGAUUGGAUGCGAAAUGGUUGGCCCAAUCGCGGUCUUCAUGAUGGUCGUUGUGACUUCGAUGCGAUGGAAAAUUGAUAACCAUCGAAUGACGAGGAAGGAAGAGCGAUGCUUCAAAAUUGUCUGGGACGAUUUCCUUCAGCCGUUUUUGUUCGCGCUGAUUGGAUUGUUGUUCGACUUCUCAGUGGUAGGAUUACUGUAGUUUUUUAACACAAAAGUGUCUAUUUUUUAUGGUGAAUUGAUUUACAGAUGAACUGGGAUAUGUUUUGGAACGCCAUGUCCAUUUUAUUCAUUGGCGCUGUAGUCCGGAUCAUCACAGUCUUCAUCAUGUCCUUGUUCAUGUUCUUGUCGAUCAAGGAGAAGAUCUUUGUGUCGCUGUGCUUCUUGCCCAAGGCUACGGUUCAGGUGGGUUUUAGAGCACCAAGAGAGACUAGAAAAAAACGAUGAAGCAAUGAAAAAAAUCUUGGCAUUUUGUGAGAGAAGUACCGCAAGUGUAACAUUUUUUUUUAAAUUUUGCUCGCAUGCCGGACAUAGGCCACAAAUCAAUGCCUGAAAGUUUUAGCUCGAGAUUUGGAAGCGCAGCCGAGAUAUUGAACGAGCUUUGCGGCCGAGAGACGUGAAAGGGGGAGAGCGGUCAGUGAGAUAAAAACUUUUUGGCCGUAUCUCUGCUAGUUUGGAAAGGAAAAAAUCUAUUUUUUUGGAAAAAUUACCCUGUACGGUAGAAAUAGGCAUAAAGUUUUUUCUACCAAAAUUCACAAAAAAAUGGAUUUUUUUCAAACUUUCGGCCUAAAAAUUUUGUCCGUUUCUGAAAAGUGCGAGCUAGGAGUCUCGCAUCUUAUGUUAGAAAAAAAUAAUAUAAAUUUGUGCCAUAUUUCAUCAGAGAAAAUUUGUAGACGACGACAAUUUUAUUGACGCCAAAUCAGGAAAAAAUACAAUUAUAUUUUCGAGGUAUCAAAAUACGUUGAUUUUACAGACAAAAAAUUUCAUCGAGACGGACUUUUAUCCCUCUCUGGAUACUUUUUCUAACGAGCUUUGCAAGAAAAACAUCUCUAUUUCAGGCCGCUCUGGCCCCUCUGAUGAUCCGCUACGCCUAUGCGAACCACGAUCCCGAAAAGAUGAACUUCCUCUUCAACACCUGCGUUCUCAGCAUCCUCAUCACAGCGCCGAUUGGCCAACUCAUCAUCGACUUGUUGGGAAAAUACUUACUGGACAAGGAAGUGAACUUGUCAAAGAGAAAUUUCGAACCCAUCAAACUGCCAAACUUGCCAGAACCUAAUGGCGAUUUCAAACGCGAGCCCUCCUUUAUUCAGGCCGAUAAGGACAACAGACUCAGGGUAAAGGUCUAGAUAACAUUUUUAUUGAUUUUAUUUUGGCUUUAAAUAAAAUUCUAUGAUAUUUCAAGGUCAAAUAAGCGGGAAAUAUGAGUCUGUCGGGAAAAUAAUGAGCACUCUGUUGCAGCAAAAAUCGAAUUGCCAACGAGAAAAUGAAUUGUGUUGUGACGAAAUCAACUUGUUUUUUUUCACUUCAGCGAUGAGAUUGGCUCAGUGAAAUUGUGCACAUUAUUUUUCCGACAAACUGAUAUUUUAGUCAAAUCUCUGUACAACAAAAAAUUUCAAUAACAAACGGCUUGAGAAGUACCAAAAGUUAAUUUUUUGGCCAAAAUUUCACUCCGUACAUGAAUAACAAAUUCGAUGACAAGCGAAAAGUUUUUUUUCUGCGGUUUGUAAUAUAGAGGCUUCUCCGUUGUAAUUAAAAAAAUUUUUGAUAUAAAAUUUGAAUUGAUAAUAAAAAUUGUUUUUUUUUUUUGGGGAAAAACAACAUCUUUGGCAACCACAAUCAUGAAUUGUCAUCAUUUUUCAAUUUUCGACUUCCCCCUCUCCCUUCCCGCUAAUAAACUUUCCGUUUUUAGUUGCAAGUAACCCCGGAGAAGUCCCCUCCAUUUAACACCUCAACCCCCAAGCACCACUCCACCAUCACCACCACGAUCGCCAAGAUUAUGACUCCGCCGACGACGCCGAAGGCCAAGCCCAGAGCGGUUGAGCCCACUCCGCCGCCGCCUCCGACAAUGCCGCCGCCUUCCUUCGACGACAUCCACUCGCAGGCCUUCGAAAUCUUCAAGGAGCAGCGGCUGAAGCAGGAGCGAAGACUGGGCGGGAGAGUGGAGACAAUCACGGAGGUGCAGACCAGUCGGCCCGGAUAUAUCGACAACAACAUUGCCAAAUUUUGA